AUGAGCACAACACAAUAUAAUGGGUCCGAAGAUCGUACCGUACUCGGCAACAAUUCUCUCUUAUUUUCUCAACUUGUUCGCCCAAGUCGCUCUCACUCCCCCGAGCCUGAAGUCGAAAGAGAUGACAGGGAGAGCUUUUACAAUCAGAACCAUGGCUCUGACAUUGUCUCUCCUCCACCAGACCCUCCCAGCUAUGAGAGUACCCAGGACACAAAGAUGACGAGUUGGAUGCCCUACACGUUCAGGGCCUACUAUCUUGGUAUCUUGAGUCUUAUUGCUCUCGGUCUCUCUCUUGUUACAUUUUUGCUUUGGUGGAAAUCGUCAAAUAAUUAUGGGCUUGGGCCGGACAACGGCUCUUCUUCUCUACUGUUUGGUUGGAGAUACAGUCCAACCAUGAUCGCCGUGAUCUAUAUUCAGUUUACUACCAUGCUUUUUGACGACGUCAAGCGAACGGAACCCUAUGCCCGUCUAGCACGAACCGAAGGAUCAAAGGCCUCGCCGAGUAUUCUUCAGACCCCCGGGCCCUGGUGGGUUGCAUUGUAUGAUGGAUUCGCCAAGAAGAAGAAUGGCAGGCGCAGCGAAGUUCUGAUAUUCGCAUCCUUACUAAAUAUUUUGGGGAUUCUAGCAAUCUCACCACUGUCAUCCGCCUACUUAUAUUCCGAAGAUUUGGUCGUUCCACACACUCAGCAGUUCUAUCUCCUUUCUCCUACGUCGGGAUCUCCCCUUCCCAUCGAUGCAGACCGCUCUACCCACUUUCGAGCAAUAUCAAACUUGCUGCAGAAUGUCUCGACAUCACCUUGGAUUACAAAUAAUUAUACAAUUCUUCCAUUCUGGCCAACCAGUCAACAAAGCAGCCACCUAGACUCUUUGCCAUCGGAUUCUUCCGAGAAAUGGCAAGCAGAGACGACAAUGUUCAAAAGUGAACUCAGUUGUACACAAAUGAAGGUCGAAUCGCAAACCUCUGGGAAAUUUACCUACAAGACAGAAAAGGUUGAGUCGAUUAAUAUCGAUUGGUCAUCCCCAGAUGGAUGCAAAUAUGGAAUCAAAGCCGAGAGGGGCUUUUUUGAGACUGGUGGGGGUAGCUGGUCCAAUACAUCUACUUUCUUCUAUGGUGAAGAUAUCCUCAACCCUGGAAAGGUAUCAGCAUCCUCUACUUCUUCAAAUGAAUGCAGAAAUCGAGAAGUUAUCGUUGCUACUGAGCCGUGGACAAAUACGAGCGGCUCGUAUGUGGCCCAUCUUUGCGACACGAGCUACUACAUGGCCAAUAUAACGGCAACCGUUGCGUUAUCCGGAGUGGACCCGGAGAUAUCCUUCGAUGAGAACGAAUUCCAGAGGAAUAAAGUUCUUCUUCCAGAGACACUUGUCAACACAACCCUUUUUCAAGAUCUCGUGUUGGACGAAGAUUGGGCAAGUUAUAUGGUCUCCAUCCUUUGGGCAGACACCGCAAUGAUGGGGGGAGGUGCAGUUCUUCUUGGAGCCCUUUACAACUAUAACACCUUUAGCCUGGUUCAUGAUCCCGAUCUGGUUCUAUCAGCAGGAAAGGUCAAGCAACGGUACUUUGGUGAAGUCCUACAGGCAUCUCUUGAUCAGAGGAAAGCUUCAAAAAUGGUGUCCACGCAAGGAUCGAUUCAUUCCGUCCAGACCCGAGUAGUUGUCCAGGCUGGUCCAGCAAUUGCCCUUGGAGUUCUCUUUGCUAUUUCGUUUAUUCUUUUACUUUCUAUUUGGUUUUUCUCGCGAUUGCAGCAAAGGCCUCUCAAUCUGAGAAAAGACCCUGCAACAACUACGGGUGUUGCCUAUCUCAUUGCCCAGAACCCGGGGAUUCAGUCUGUCUUCUCCAUGUUCAAGCAGCCUUCGGCAAAUAAUCUUCAAGCAAACUUGGCAGGAGAGUAUUUCUACACGGAUUCACGAGGUCUCUUCAGAACCCAUCCGGUAGAGCGGCCGGAGCGUGAUACGACACAGUCAGAAAAUGGUACUCCAAUGCUUCUCCGGCUACCCGCACUCCUUGGUCUGUCUCUCGCACUGGUGCUAGUAGUGGUUGGAGUCUCUAUUCUUUACCAUUAUGCAGAGAGCUCCGUCUUAUAUGGAAAAGCUUUUGUCUACCAAGUCCAGCUUUCUGUAUUAGAUAGUGGCAUGUCAUCUGUCGCGCCAUUCUCUAUGAUUCCGACUAUAAUUGCAGUUGGCAUCGGUCUUUGGUGGAGUGCAAUUGAUGAUAACUUUCGUCGCCUUCAGCCAUUUUUGUCAAUGACCAGGGGUAACCCCCAGUUUCGGAAAGGCGUCGACCUGUCCUAUCAGACUUGUUAUUGGUUCUGGGCGGCUGGAAAGGCGGCAUCUAACAAGCACUGGCUUCUUUUGCUUGUUACAUUGGGAUCGACGUUAUCGCCUAUCUACACGACUGCUAUGUCAGCUUUAUUUGAGAGGGGCAAUGGCAACAUCAUAAAGCCCGUCACACUUCAUCGCCAACUUGAACUACGACAAAUACCGUUCGUUUACGGAACACAACAGUCAAUCUAUCCCAGUAGCUCGAACGACUAUGUCGCUCCAAUUAUUGCCGGUCUCUUCAAAAAUAUCUCAUCUUAUUGGAUGUACACUGCUACCAUUCAAUUAACCUUGAACGGCUCCGAGCCUGCUUGGAGCAAGGACGGCUGGAAUUUUGUCCCAGUGGAUGUCAGUGAUAUCACAGCCUCGAGGUAUCUAUCCAAUAUUGGGGCGAGCAAGGCUGAUGGCCUGGAUGAGGGAUCUCAAACUAAUAUCACGUUCGAUACGCCUGCCAUUCGAGGCCGAAUCGAAUGCAGCCCCCAUCCAGCAAAAGCGUUCAUGAAUAUGACAAAUUGGCUCACACCAACGGAUCUCACGAACCAUACAGUAUGGAACAAGAGCACAAUCCCUGAGGGUGUUAAUGGAGGGUUCCAACUCGGUGCCUCUUGGGACACCCAAGGUCGACCUAGCAAUAUCUACCCUUUGCUACCCGGGCAGAACUAUACCUCCUGCCCUGGAUGUACACCUGUGUUCGCAAAUCCCUCUUCUAUUAUCUGCUGUGGCAAUGGAAGUACGGAUUCCCGACAAGGGGAUGCGGCAGUGGGAUAUUGGUCGCCAAACGGAGUUCCAUUAACUUGGACGCCUCGCAACUGGGACAGGAACUUCACUACUAAAUGGUUCUAUGGAAAUGCGGUGACAGACAUCAAGCAGACCAAUGCCUCAUUGGCAAAAGCAGAUGUUGGACUUUUGUUUCUUGAACCGCCCUCGAUCUCCAUGUUAAACUGCAAACCGAUUACCGAAACUGCCAACGCAAGAGUCACCGUUAACCCAUCUAAUGGCGAGAUUCAAUCAUACAAUAUCACGGAUCAACCUGAAAUUGACCCCAAAGACUUCUCUGAUAACUUUCUGCCACACAACCAGUCGAUUACUCACCUUCGAGAUGGGGUCAAAUGGUACAAUGUUACACUCAGCUACGGUCGAAUUUUCACGACAGCAAUCAUGACAGCAGCAGAUACUAUGAAUAUCGCGGGUUCCCCUCAUGUAACCGGGUACAUUACAGAAGAUCUUGAUGACAAUACCUAUACCAUUCGUGACGAGAUGAACGGCCUUAACAUGGACUUCAUGACAUACUCCAUGUAUACAAUGGCCGGUAAAGACCCGAAAGCUCUUCUCGACCCGGAUACAUUUCUGCGACUGGCCCAGAAGACGUACACCACUUUUUUCCAACACUAUGUCAGCAACAAUGUCUCCAUGCAAACCGGUGGCUGGGCAUACCAAAAGAUCAACGCAAGUCUGCCCAGCGGAAUGGGUCCUGCUGUUCAAUUGGAGUAUGGUUACCUUCCUGGCACCAAGGCCACGGCUUAUCAAGAUGAGAUGCAUCCUAUCUCUCAUACCAAUCGCACUGUCGAAGCGCACGUAUCCCAACGCGUUGAACUUCUCCAGAUGAACGCUGUUGCGGUCUGGCUCAGCAUCGGCAUAAUGGCCUGGUUGAUCAUAACUACCAUUGUAGUAGCGGUGCUACAGAAGCGCUACUUUGGCAGUCUCAUCCGGAACGUAGAAUGCCUCGGCGACGUCUUGGUCAUGAUAGCUGGCAGCGCGAACUUUCUUCAGGUUGUGCGGGAAAUCCAAGCCGGGAGACUUUUGCCGGAAAGUUACGAGCACCUUCGAACUAAGCUGGGCUGGUUCGUCGACGAGGGUGGUGGAGUGCGGUGGGGAAUUGAGAUGGAGGAAAGUUGUGGAGAUGGGCCUGGGGUACACUGGAUUUCUGCUCCCCAUUUCUCAAAGGAGAAGGGCCGUAAAACAUGGAAUCUUCGUGAAGAGGAGAGAGAUUUAUAG